AUGGGUUUUUCUGCAAUUCCUGUUGACAGAGGUGUCAAGCAGGGUGAUCCUUUAUCACCAACCUUGUUCAUUCUUGCUGCUGAAGUAUUGUCAAGAGGUUUGAAUGCAGUUCAUGAUAAUCUGUGGUAUACUAGUUUUGGUUUGCCUAAGUGGAGUCCAAAAAUAAAUCAUCUAGCAUAUACAGAUGAUACCAUAAUAUUUACAUCUUCUUGUGAGAUUUCUUUGAAUUUGAUGAUGGAUGUCCUAAUUCAAUAUGAGAUUGCAUCUGGUCAGCUGAUAAACAAGGCAAAAAGCUCAGUAUAUUUGCAUGACAAGGUUGAUGAGGUAACUGUUUUGAAGGUUGAGAGAGUUACUGGCAUCAACAGACAUGUUUUUUCUUUAAUGUACUUAGGCUGUCCUAUUUACUAUAGUAGAGCAUUCUUGGCCUUUUACUCUGAUCUGAUCACUAAAGUAAGAAACAAGCUUCAGGGGUGGAAAGGCAAACUGCUGUCAUUUGGUGGAAGAGCAACUUUGUUGGCUCAUGUAUUACAGGCAAUGCCAAUGCAUCUACUAUCUGCUAUGGAUGCUCCUUUCUUUGUGAUUGAUAAGCUAAAUAAGAUACUUACUCAAUUCUUUUGGAGCAAUUCUAAUGGUGAGGCUAACAGACACUGGGCUAAAUGGCAUGAGGUCUGUAUGCCUAAGGAAGAAGGUGGACUUGGUUUUAGAAGGCUGGAGGAUAUGUCUAUGGCCUUGUUUUCAAAACUCUGGUGGAAUUUCAGAACCAGGCCUUCGUUAUGGAGUUCAUUUAUGAGCAACAAAUACUUAAAGAAGAAUAAUCCAAUUCUGGUACCUUGGACAGAAGGAUCUCAUGUUUGGAGAAAAAUGUUGAGAGCAAGGGAUGCAGUUGAUCAUCUCAUUUGGUGGCAAAUCAGAAUGGGCUCAUCUUUAUUUUGGUUUGAUAAUUGGUCUGGGUUGGGACCACUCUAUUUUCUUACUCCUCCUGAUUUUUACUAUGAUGAGAACAUCAAUAAUGUUGCUGAUGUGGUUAUAGAAGGCUGGUGGAAUAAAAAUAUUCUGAGGAACUGCUUACCGGAGGACCUUGCUGAACAUAUACUGCAUGAAGUACUCCCUCCUAGUAGUUCUGAUGAUCUUGACAAGCCAUGGUGGACACUGGAACCUAGGGGUGAGUUUUCUGUUAAAUCAGCUUGGGAGUACCUAAGGACUAGGGGUUUGAACUUGCAUCAGGUGAUUACAAAAUGGUGGAAUACUGAUACACUAGCUAGACUGAAGCCUAUUUUCUAUGCUAUCCCUUCUAUAAUUAUGUGGGAGUUGUGGAAGAAAAGAAAUGGGGACAAGCAUGGAAAUAAGGUCUCUACUAGCAGGGUCAUAUGUCAAGCAUCAACCAAAAUCCAACAGUUGGUGAAACUAAGAAAACCAGGCAUAAGAUCUGUCCCUCAUAGAUGGUUGGAAAUGUUGAAGAUUCUGGAGAAUUUUGUGCCAAAGCUUCAAAUUACAAAAGUCAUGUGGACUUUGCCUGCUGUAGGAAUUUGGAAGUGCAAUACUGAUGGGGCCACUAGAGGGAAUCCUGGUAGGAGUGCCUAUGCAUUUUGUGUAAGAAACUCUGAUGGUGACUUGGUUUAUGCAAGGGCCAAGGAAAUGGAGGAAACCACUAACACUGUGUCUGAAGCAAUGGCUUUGCUUGGUGCUGCAAGAUAUUGUCUGGCAAAUCAUGUGUACUCCUUUAUUCUUGAAACUGAUUCUUUACUGAUGAAAAAGAUUAUGGACAGAGAAUGGAAGCUCCCAUGGAAUAUUAUUCAUGCAGUAGAGGAGAUUUGGGAUAUAAUACACAAUGCUGAUGUUCAAGUACUGCACAUUAUGAGGGAAGGAAACCAAUUAGCAGAUCAUUUAGCUAAUUAUGCACUGGAUCAUGGAGAAGUGAAUGUAGCCUCUUUUGCAGAACUUGACUCAAUAGGAAGGAAGAUUCUCAAUAGUGACAAACUGCAGUGUCCCUAUCUGAGAAUCAGAACUGUCAAAACAUACUUCUAA